UCAGUAAACCCUAACAACAACAACACUCACUCCCCAUUCACACCAAAUCGAUUCAUUCUCCGAAGCCUCACAUGGCUUCCCGCAACCAGAACAGGCCUCCUCGCAGCCCUUCCAACAAAAAGGGAGGUGCUGAAGAACUUCCCUCAGACAAACGUCGAAGAAUUGGGGCAGAGAAGAUGGAGCGACAGGGUCGAACCAGGGCUCCAUUUGGGGCUCUCAGCAACAAAGCAGAAGCUAACGAAGUUGCCGGCGCCGAGGGCUCCGAUUUUGCCACUGUUGAGUUCACCAAAGAGGACGUGGAGGCGUUGCUCAAUGAGAAGAUGAAAAAGGGAAAUCCCUUUGAUAAUAAGAAAAAAAUGGACCAGAUGGCAGAUCUCAUAAAGCGUCUUAAACUCUGCGUUCGAUGGUUUAAAAGAAUUGAAGAAGGGUAUAUCCAAGAAAAAGAAAAGCUUCAGACUGAACUUGAAUCUGCCCUGAAGAAAUGCAUUGACACUGGGAAUGAGAUGAAGGUUAAGAUUGCUGAGUUGAAUGAAACUAUAUCUAAUUUGAGGACGACAAUUUCCUCUUUAGAAGAGAGAAUUGCAAAGGAAGAAUCAGCUAAAUUGGAAGCAAUUGAUUGUUAUAGAAGAGAAAAGGAAGCUAGAAGUACAGCUGAGCAGAUGCAAGCUUCUCUUUCAACUGAGCUGGAGAAAGUUCGGGAUGAGAGAUCAGCUGCUGAGCGGAAGGCCAUUUCAAAUGAGGACUUGUACAAGCGAUCACAGGAGUACAAUAUGAGUCUGCAGCAGUACAAUAGUCGCCUUCAAUCAGAUCUUGAAACAACUAAUGAAGCACAUAAACGACUGGAAACCGAGAAAGCAACCAUUGUUGAGAACCUUAGCAAUGUUAGAGGCCACAAUAAGGCAUUGCAGGAUCAGUUGGCAUCUCUUAAAACCUCACAGGAUGAGGCUACUAAGCAGAAGGAAAUGUUAGCAAAUGAGCUCAAAUGCCUUCGGGAAGAACUAAAACAAAUUAGAGAUGAUCGUGAUCGCCAACUGGGACAAGUACAGUCUUUGACUGGAGAAGUAGAAAAAUACAAAGAAUAUACAGGGAAAUCAUGUGCACAAUUGGAUACGUUGACAAUAAAAACAAAUGCUCUAGAGGAGACAUGUUCUUCCCAAAGGGAGCAAAUAAAUAUACUGCAGCAUCAGUUGAAUGCUGAAAGGGAGAAGUUAAAGAUGGCUGAUUUAUCUGCUUCAAAAUCAAGAACAGUGUUUGAAGAUCAGGAAAGAAUUAUAAGUGAACUACAGGAACGACUAGCAGAGAAAGAAUUCCAAGUAAUUGAAGGAGAGAAAUUAAGGAAAAAAUUGCACAACACUAUCCUGGAGCUAAAAGGAAAUAUUCGCGUGUUCUGCCGUGUUCGACCUUUGCUACCGGAUGAUGGUCCUGGAACAGACAUGGUUGUUUCUUACCCUUCGUCAACAGAAGCCCUUGGCCGGGGCAUUGAAUUGGUACAGAGCGGGCAGAAGUACCCUUUUACAUUUGACAAGGUAUUUAAUCACGAGGCUUCUCAGCAAGAUGUUUUCAUUGAGAUAUCACAGCUGGUACAAAGUGCCCUUGAUGGGUACAAGGUCUGUAUCUUUGCUUAUGGACAGACAGGUUCAGGCAAAACCUAUACAAUGAUGGGUAGGCCUGAUGCCCCAGAGCUGAAGGGGUUGAUACCGCGUUCUCUAGAACAGAUAUUCCAGAUUAGUCAGUCCCUGAAGGAUCAGGGAUGGAAGUACAAAAUGCAGGCUUCAAUACUGGAAAUAUAUAAUGAGACCAUCAGGGAUUUGUUAUCAUCAAAUCGGUCAAGUAGUAUUGACCCAACACGAACAGAAAAUGGUGUACCUGUUUCUGGAAAGCAGCAGCAAUACACUAUCAAACACGAUGCCAAUGGAAACACACAUGUUUCAGACCUCACUAUUGUGGAUGUUUGUAGUGCAAAUGAGAUUUCCUCCCUUCUGCAACAGGCAGCACAAAGCAGGUCUGUAGGAAGAACACAGAUGAAUGAACAAUCAUCACGAAGUCAUUUUGUGUUUACUUUGCGUAUAUGUGGGAUUAACGAGAACACUGAACAACAAGUGCAAGGUGUGUUAAACCUGAUUGAUCUGGCUGGAAGUGAAAGACUCUCGAGGAGUGGGGCAACUGGGGACCGGUUAAAGGAAACUCAGGCUAUCAACAAAAGUCUCUCAUCUUUGAGUGAUGUCAUAUUUGCUUUGGCAAAGAAAGAGGAGCAUGUCCCCUUUAGGAAUUCAAAAUUGACUUACCUUCUCCAGCCAUGUCUUGGUGGGGAUUCCAAAACUUUGAUGUUUGUGAACAUAUCACCUGAUCCAUCUUCAACUGGAGAGUCACUCUGCUCUCUUCGUUUUGCCGCUAGAGUCAAUGCCUGCGAAAUUGGUAUUCCGCGGCGUCAGACAUCAACGCGGUCCUUUGACUCUCGUUUGAGCUAUGGCUAAAAGAGAGG